AUGGCGCACUCACAGCGCUGGCCCUUGGCUGAAGACCAUCGCAACUUCGCAUUCCCUAACAGAACCCAACUGCAAGACGACUUCACGCAUUCUUCGAAUGGAGUGAGAAAGCAAGCGUCGCUCGCACAGAUCCACGUGCCUUCAUUCCGCUCCUUCACCUCCAGUAUACCGGUACCGUCACCUCAAGGUACCAAACGACAGCAGGUACACCUACCAGCUCGCUCGCCAAGAGCUGCUUCCUUCUCCAUCGCUGAAACCGCAUCACCACGUCUUGUUGCACCACCAACACCAAGGCCAUAUUCGCUUCACAGUCCUCUGCCCACUUUUAGCGGCACACCUGUUGAGCCGUCCCCUCCUUCGAUCGAACAGUUUCCGGUUAGGCAACAGAAGCGGUCCUCGUACACGUUUCGGACCGCAGCACACAGUCGCAAUGCAUCUAUAGACUCUCGAUUGGCUGGCAACGAUCCAUUCCCAUCGAGCGUUGUAUCCCGGCGGUCAAGCAUUCCAGUACAUGAACGCUAUGCUCAAGAGCAAACCAUAAGGCACGCGCCGGGGCAGUCCGCGUCCAGCAUUGAUCUUAGUGAUUACGAAUUCUUACAGGGCCAACGAGAUUCGAUGGGCAAGCUGCCAGCGCCUGACAUGACGCUGGAGUUCAAUGGCGUGCAGCGGACGUUGUCAGACGACUCUCUCCUGUCGGAAGGGUCGCUCAAGGACAGGAGAUCGAAGUCUUCUGGAGGCAGACGUGGUAUUUUCGGGUGGAAGUCGUCUCCGAAGCCCUCCGGAACAGAGUCUCCUACCACCACUUUCUCGGACCGCUCAACCUCGCCCUUACCGUCACCCGCAACCGGCAAAGCUAUAACUAUGGAUGGCAUCCCGCCGAAUAGCCGCUUGUCUCCACCCACAGGUCUUGAUAUCAACGCAGCAAACUCACCACUAACAGAGUAUUUCGACAACCCUGACACUCCGAUCCUCCUCGGCACCCCGGAAAGCAAUGCUCAUGUUCGAGAGUUAGAGAAGGAGCUGGCGGAGGUCAGUGUCGAGCUGGCCCAAUCGAUCAGGCGUGAGAUGGAUCUUGAAGAUGAGCUCGAAAGGAUACGAGCGGAUAUGCCUAGCGCUGCACCUGCAGAUAUGGCUCGUCGGGGCAGUGACUACUUCUCCGACUCCGGCGCGAGCUCAGUACGAUACCCAGUCACCGAUAUCGAUGCGAGGCUGGAGCAAAUGGAGCAGAAACUCCGGAAAGCGGAGCAGGAGAAGGCCCAGCUGAAAGUGGACACUGCAGCGACUUUGCAGGCUGAGCUGUCACGCCGCCGCGAUCUAGAACAGAUGGUGCACGCCCUUGAACUGCAACUGGCGAAAGGAUUUGAUGAUGACGAACGGAUAUCGCAGCUUGAGGCUACUCUGGAAGAGACACGAAGACGUUUGGCGCAGGAGCGGCAAGCGAAGGACACGUUUGGCGAGCUGUACAGCGCAACGAAGUUGGAGCUCGAGCAGCACAAAGGUGAGAAGGACAAUCUUCGCGAUGAAGUGGUGCCACAGUUGCGCGCACGCAUUGAAGGGCUUGAGCAUGAAGUCGCCGACACUCAAGCAUUGAUGUAUGAGAAUGCACGUUUGCAGCAGGAAAUGGUCGCACUUCGCGGCGAGACGCCGGGAAGUGCUCGUUUUGAUAAGAUCCGUGAAGAAGGCGACCUUGCUUCGCCGACAGCAGCGCCACGAAGCGGUCUUUCAAGGUCGAACUCAUUAGCCAGGAACCGCACAGCCCGAGGCGGAUCGAUGUCAAGAUCAGGUACUGUCACGGAGGGUGGACGUCAACGCGCAGGAUCGUUCAGCGGUCAUCCGGUGUCUGUUGAAGGCGUCAAAGAAGUCGAGGACCAACGUGAUGCGUUGCACAAGGCGCUGAAACUGCUCCUCCGCCGCCAUGAGAAGCAACAAAAAGACCAUGAGCGCGCUAUCAGGAAGCUUCGAACUGCCAAAGACCAAGCCGAGCAGAUCUCGCCCAAGCGAACCGCCUAUCAGCGAGAGGUUUCUUUCCUCAAAGAAGAAGUCACGACGCUAAGGAAGCGCACUGAGGAUGCUCUUGAGCAGAAAUGGCAGUACGAGAAGGGUCUUUCCGGCCUGAAGAUGGACCUUGAUCGUGCGGAGCAGGAGACGAGGAGUCUCCGAGACCUGCUUCAAGAACACGAUAUUCUUGCGCCAGCGCGGCAGUCUCCAUCCCUCGCAUAUGACCGUGAUGGGGAUGCUGAGCACGAAAGCAUCAAGCUUAGCAUUUCCACCGCGGAGAGCGAACGCGACCAAGCACGACAGGUGGCGGCAGUAUACCGACAGCGUGCACAAUCAACAGAUGGCAGUAACUCACAGGAGCUCUUGAGCUCUGCUCAAAGAAUGGACGAGCUUGCUGAUGAGCUCGAAAGUCAAGUUCAAGCGAACGUGGAGCUACGAGAUCGCCUUGCGGAGGCUGUAGCGAAGGGAGAAAGGGAGCAGAGGGAGUCCACUCGCCAAAUCCAGGACAUGCAGAGCCGACUCGCGGGUAUGGAAGAGAGCGUCCUCUCAGCCCAGCAACACUCCGAGACUCUACUCGGCAACCACGAGUCCGAAGCGCGUCGUCUGGAUGAGGCGACAUCACCCGCUCUUCAGCGCCUUAGAAUCUCCAUUCCAGACGCGAAGCGACUUUCACCUACAUCGCCCAUGUUCGCAAAGUCGCCUAGACUCGGCUCAAAGAAGGGUUCGGAGACGUCAUUGCUCGAAGCCGGCCGGACACAGCUACUGGAGCGCAAAGUCAAGGACCUGGAAGGCGCGCUGAGGGAGGCCGAGGAAGAUAUGCAGGCCGUCGUCGAGAGGGUGAAUCGGAGUCAGCUCGACGUUGCGGAUUUGCAGACGCAGAGGGAUGCGGCGGUCACGCAGAUGCGGAAGUUGCAGCGGCAGAUUGUCGAGGAGAGGGAGAGGGCUGAGGCGUGGAUGGGGGAGUAG